GGCUUAACAACAAAUUCACACCAUGCGUGAAUAUAAGUUAGUCGUACUUGGCUCGGGAGGUGUUGGAAAGUCUGCUCUGACUGUACAGUUUGUUCAAGGAAUUUUUGUUGAAAAAUAUGAUCCUACGAUAGAAGAUUCUUACAGAAAGCAAGUUGAAGUAGAUGCACAACAGUGUAUGCUUGAAAUCUUGGAUACUGCAGGAACGGAACAAUUUACAGCAAUGAGGGAUUUGUACAUGAAAAAUGGACAAGGUUUUGCAUUAGUUUAUUCCAUCACAGCACAAUCCACGUUUAAUGAUUUGCAAGAUCUGAGAGAACAGAUUCUUCGAGUUAAGGAUACUGAUGAUGUUCCAAUGAUUCUGGUUGGUAAUAAGUGUGACUUAGAAGACGAAAGAGUCGUAGGAAAGGAACAAGGUCAAAAUCUAGCACGACAGUGGAACAACUGUGCAUUCUUAGAAUCUUCUGCAAAGUCAAAAAUAAAUGUUAAUGAGGUAUGGCUAAAUGUUUUAUUUAGAUAAUUCUCUUUGUAAUCC